UGAUUCACACUCGCAUAUUCCAGUUCGUCGGGAAAUUCUGGAUGUGGCUAAUUUCAGAAAUGCCUAUGGUACCUUACUUGAGCCUCAGUCCCCUAAAACCGGUCCCCCUGAGCCCGACACCAUCCCAUUUAUCCGCCCUUGGGCCAAGACGGUAGCAUUCCGAAAGACAUGAGCCAACCGGUACAAUGGUGAGGUGGGAAUUCCGCCUUCAGGACUAGGUUAUCACUCAGCGGGCAACCCCCCUGCCCCCGUCCCGAAAUGGAGGCCAUUUUGUUUUUUUCCAGAACAGAGCGAUUGGUCCGUCUGAUUCUAUGGUUAGCUUCCAGUCUGGUAUCGAUGUGGCAUUGCGGUUCGCAGAGUGGACUCCGUUUCCACGCUGUUGUCGUGGGCCCUGCUCGCGAUGCCGAAACUCUGAUGUAUUUCAAGGUGGCUCCUCCCGUUGGCGGUUCUCACAGUCCGAGUAUCUCUUCGCCCACCGCGUCCCGGGUCUCUUUCCGCAAUGGCCUUCCUGCUGAGGUGGUAUGCCGGCCUUGUGCUCGCCGGUGCGCUGGUGUCUUGCGCACCGCAAGGCGCUGCAACCACCCCAGACGACGGAUCGACAGAUGUUGCUGAUUUGUUCGUCUCGGAGCUGAUCGCCAACGCCACCCAGGCCGAGCAGGAGCAGCAGGCGCAGGGGAAGCGCUUCCUCUCGUGCACUCAGGACGACUCGUUGGUCGUCGACCUGGGUUACGCAAAAUACCGCGGCUACCGCAACGCAUCGGCAGGUUUGAACGUCUGGAAAGGUGUCCGCUACGCUGCCCCUCCCACCGGCAAGCUGAGAUGGCAACCGCCCCAAAAUCCGCCCCUGAAGUUGGAUGCGCCCGUCACCGACGCCGCUGCCUUCGGACCCAUCUGCCCGCAGUCGCUGCCCUCCGUCCCCAACGCCCCCUACGUCCCAGGCAACGAAGACUGUCUCUUCCUGAACGUCUAUGCGCCUCCCAAUGCGGCCAAGCUCCCGGUGCUCGUCUGGAUCCACGGCGGCGGAUACGGCUUGGGCGAUGCCACCCAAGACAUGAGCGAAAUUAUCAACGCUAAUGACAAGGGCUUUGUAGCCGUGACGCUGCAGUACCGUCUUGGUGCGUUUGGCUGGCUCUCGUCCGGCGAGGUCAAGAAGAAGGGCGUCGUCAAUGCUGGCAUCCUCGACCAGGCGCUCGCCCUAGCCUGGGUGAAGCUGCAUAUCUGCCAGUUCGGCGGUGACCCGUCCCAGGUCACCAUCACGGGCGAGUCGGCGGGCGCCGGCUCCGUCAUGUACCACGGAAUUGCCGUCAAGGGCAAUCUCGGCACCCUCUUGUACAAGCGAGGCAUUGCCGCCUCGCCCUACUUGCCGUUCCAGUAUAAGUACGACGAUGCCCUGCCGACGGCCCGCUACUAUGCCUUCUCCCAGGCGGCCGGAUGCCCCGGCAGCGGAAACGUCUUUGACUGCCUUGUCGGCAAGGACACCUACACGCUGCAGCAAGCCAGCUAUGCCGUCACUCAGCAGUCGCCCUAUGGUUAUUGGGGCUUCUGGCCGGUCACGGACAACAGCUACAUCAUGUCCCGCCCGAGCCAGCAAUUCGCCGCCAAGAAGAUGAACGGCAAGAGCCUGCUGGUCGGCAACAACGCCAACGAAGGCGGGCUAUUUGUCCCGCCCACGCUGACCACCCAGGACGACCUGGUCAACUGGCUGCAGACCGCCCAGUUCCCGAACCUCACGCCGGCCCAGCUCAACACCAUCCUCGCGGCCAACCCCAACGACGCGCUCACCAGCGCCACUGGCCCGCACUACGAGACCAAUGGCCUCACGGGGCUCACGGCCGUCCAGGUCUCGCAGGACGCCAACGGCCAGCAGCAGCGCGCCAAUAACAUCUACGCCGAAGCCAUCUUUGUCUGUCCGGCCUACUGGCUCGCCUCGGCUUACUCUGGCGGCAAGGCCGGCCAGUCAGCCUGGCUCUACCAGUACAGCGUCCCCUACGCGUCCCACGGCGCCGACGUGCCGGGUUACUUUGGUCCCCAGACGCCGAACCAGUCGGACGAUUUUGCCCGGGCCUUCCGCCGGAUAUGGGGCAACUUCGUGCGGACGGGAACUCCGUCCAUCAGCGCCCAGCUGGCCAAUGGCGCGGCGAGCGAGAACCCGGGCGCGCCGAACCCGGCCACCAACUGGCCUGCUUGGAACGAUGCCGCGCCUCAGCUGUUGAAUCUGAAUACCACCGGUGGUGUGCCGUACCAGACGCAGCUGACGUGGGGGGCGACGGUGACGCAGUUUGCAGAUCCGGGCCUGCGGAAUGCCUUUAGUCUCGCUUCGGCGGUCGACUGGGAGGGCGGGAGAAAGGCCAGGUGUGAUGUGUAUAUGGGGCUGGCUGAGAGCAUUCCUCUGUAAUGACGAGAAACCUAACCGGAUAUAGUGUCACCUCUGUCACCGGAGCUCUACGGAGGCACUUGGUUCCAAAAGCGCAUAAUUCAUGGCUGGCCUCGGGGCCGCCGGAGGCCCGCAGAUUGCACAACUCGUCUCAACCGCGUCCUAAACACGGCGAG